GCUGCUUCGCAGAACCUCCCCCCAAUUUCCCUCCUCUUCCAGAUCGAGACGAUGCGUUCUGCAGCGAGGUUUCUCCUCUCCUCCGACCCGAUUGGGGCGGCGGAUCAGUCGUCCUCCGCCUUCCCUUUCCACUCCAACGUGGUCCUCACCUUCGCCGCCCUCCUCUGCGCCUUGAUCUGCGCCCUCGGCCUCGCCUUCGUCGCCCGCUGCGCCUGGCUCCGCCGCUCCUUGGCUGCCCACGCCGAUCGGCCCCUCCUCCCGGCCCUGCCCCUGAUCCCGAGAAAGGGGAUCAAGCAGAAAACCCUCCGCGCCCUCCCCACGCUCUCCUUCGCCGCCUCCUCCUCCUCCUCCACCGCAGCCCCGGCCCCCGCCGGCGUCGAGCUCGUCGACUGCGCGAUUUGCCUCGCCGAGUUCGCCUGCGGCGACCUGGUCCGCGUCCUGCCGCAGUGCGGGCACGGCUUCCACGCCGCGUGCGUCGACACCUGGCUGGGAUCCAACGCCUCUUGCCCUUCCUGCCGCCGGGUCGUGGUGGUCCCUGCGCCGUCACGGAGCUGCCGGAAGUGCGGCAGAGACUCCGGCGAAGCCGCGCCAGCGCCCGAGAGUGGCGGCGCCAGCACCUCUAAAAGUGCGCAUUAGAUGGGUGUUUGAUGGAAUUUCACACUCAAAAGUGUUUGUGAAUGAAUAGCCAAAAAUUGUUACCAAAGAUAUGUGUGUUUGUAUAUGUAGGAAGGCGGAUUACACAUCACUUGCAAGAUGCUCAGACAGAGAAUUUCUUGUAAUUAGGAACAAAAAAAUGGGCAUUCUCAAGCCUUUGCUUGCCCAGGACUCUGCUUAGUUUUGAAGUUUCAGAUUUUGGAUACGAACCGUGUUAAGAGUAUUUUGAAAACAAAGUUUGGAUAUGCUGAA